GCAAACGACGGCUCCUCACGUCGUCAACAUUAAUUUGUUAUCCACUACUUCUUCUCUGAGCAGCGCGUUGGUUCAAUGCGCACACAGAGCACGCACACAGAAGGGGGACAAAGAAGCCGAAAAUGGCGCAACCCGGAGCGGGUAAUCAGUGUCAUCCAGGUGUUAUUAAUUAGCGUUGGAGCAGCGACGGGCUGCUCGUGGCUGCACUUUACGUCCGGAAGCACGCGCGACGGAAAGUCGAUGUGCUCUCAGAUGGAAUACGCUAUGAAGUCCCUCAGCCUUCUGACUCCGUCUUCCCUCUCCAAGUGUGUGACGGCCAGUGUCUCGGCCAGCGCCUCCAUGACCCAGCAGCUCCUGUCGGGUCGAGCUCCUCGGCCUAAGCCCUUCAGGGUCACAAAUGCCGACCGCAGUGUGAAGAAGGGCAUCAUGGCGGACGUGCUAGAAGACCUGAUGAACAAGGUCAGCGACUCGCUGAGUGUGCCGUGUGUCGGCGCCCUGGUGCUGGAUGAAGACGGCACAGGGGUGGACACGGAGGAGUUCUUCCAGACGCUGCCUGACAACGCUGUCCUCAUGGUCCUGGAGAAGGGCCACAAGUGGACCCCACAGACGAACGGCCCCUCCAGAGAUCAGCUCAGCGAGUGCCGGCCACACCACCGGACAGACGUGGCCAAGGUGACCUUUGACCUCUACAAAAACCACCCCAAGGAUUUCAUUGGCUGCCUGAACGUGAAGGCAACCCUGUACGGCGCUUAUUCCGUGUCCUAUGACGUGCGCUGUUACGCCGCCAAAAAGAUGCUGAAAUUGCAGAAGAACAAACGGCUUGAUUUUACCGGGAUUAAAUUCAUGUUAUGUCAUCGGAGCUUCAGUCGGAGAGGAUUACAUUUUGCAGACUGGUCAAAUAUGUUUCUGUUGUGCUCACAGGGGAGCACGGAGAAGAGGGAGGCUCUGCGAUGGACCAUCUUCUCCAUGCAGGCCACAGGCCACAUCCUGCUGGGAUCCUCCUGCUACAUCGAGCAGCUGCUGGAGGAGGAGGAGGAGGAGGAGCGACCAGAGAAGAACCUGCCACUGCCACAGGAAAGCAGGAUCAGGCAGCUGCAUAGCAUGCUCCUGGGAAAGAUAACCCACUCAUGAUGGCGCUGCCAAUGACGGCGCAAACACCUCGUCCACGUUUAGGACACAGUGUAGUGACAGUGUCAGUUUCCUGUGCAGUUGUGCGGAAAAUUUAGUCCGUCACUUUCUUGUUCUGUUACUUUUCUUUUUUUGUUUGCCCUAUAUGUACAAGCUGAUACCAUAACUUAUUCCUCAGAAAGCACUUUUACUCAUUACUGUAACUUUAUCCUAUGGAGCUGAAUGAAUAAAUAAAACUAACACUUUUA